UCACGGUAGUAGCCUGGAAUAUCAUUAAGAAACCUUUUGGCGUCGGACCAAACAGUUACACUAUUGUUGGACACCCUUUCUACGCGCUUUUAGUCCUGAAUAGUAUCUUUAGAAAUUUAGAAAGCGGGAUACUGUUCUCGCUGAUACGUUUUAGGAAUAAUCCUGGCUUGUUGCAUUUUCCUCCAAAGUGGAGAAAAAGUUUCCCCCUUUCUCUCGACAUCGCUUAAUCGGUCUUUCGGCUGUCUUUCGCCUCUUUCCGUUAAGUUAGAAAGGCGUCCCUUUGAGCCUUGUUCCUAUACUCUUUCUUGCCAAAGAGACCUUCUUUAUUAUUUUCCACACAUUUUUUCCAGAAAUGUGGCACAUUGGGCGCCUCUCCGUAUAAUCGAAAAGCCCGAAUCUUACGUAGAUAGUAACGCGACGUGCUAUGUUGUCACGCUAUCAAUCGGCCACUAGAAAGCUAUUUGUGUACGGUUUACUGCACACUCAGUUCCCUUUAUUUUCCAAUACUCUACUCUGCCCAAGAAAUUUCUGCGAACUGGUCAUUCUUUGUGUUAUGUUGUUAUGCCCAAAUAACUUAGUUAACUGCUAUAGAAACGUUCGCGAAACACAAUGGACGCCCAACAAACCAAAAGAACGUCGCUUGUGACCGACCUACAGAUUAACCUCUGUAUCUGUCAACACGCCUUCAAAUUCCUCCCCGACACAGUCUCAGACAGAAAUAGUUGGGACACUUUAGCCAAACGCUGUUUUUUCCCUUCUCGUGCUCACCUCGUCCCUCUCAAAGUUGUUUAUCGCGGUUCGGUCACCAAAUCUUGUACACCAACAUUGAGGGGACAAGGAGACCCCAAAGUGUCCCAACCAUUUUGACUGAGACUGUAGUACACAUUGGCCAUUCACAGCUUAGUGUAACUAAUAUAAGCAUAGUGUAACUGACCAUAUAAUCAGAGGAUGUUUUGAUACCGCCAACAGGUGCACUGAUAUCUAUAACAACUGACAACAUGAAUAACACGUACCUUUGUUGGUUUUCCUGUAUUUUCUUCAAUGGGUAGCCAUUUGGAAUCGUUAAGUUGUGGUCGAUUUCCAAGAGGCUUGGGACCUAGUUAUAAUGAUAGCCAUGUCUAGAGUUUUCAGAUCGCGCGUCGAGAACAAUUACUCGACUACAUCUGAAUGUUUUCUGAAUAACAAAUUGGUCUUGACCAGUGCUUGAAGAGACCAGCAACAACAAAGAUGCGAGGGCACCCUUUGGCAGCGGCUUGGAAACACAUAUAGAGUUUCCACAGUUACAUGUAUUGGAGAUCUUUGUGGAAUUGUUGACGAUCUUGUCCAUAAUUUGCUAAUCUAUUUUAUUACGCUUCAGGAUCCUUACUCAGACACCUUGGUGAUUGGAGACGAGAUCGAGGAGUCUGAUUCUGCCACUGUCUCUGUCAUUACUGUUUGUGAGGAGAGCACAUUGCCAGCCACGGUGUGUGCAGCGGCCUCAAGCACUGGUGAGGGGUCAGAAACAGUCUCUUUGCAAUCACAUUCGUCCCAAGCCUCGAUACCAGACGAAGAGAUUAGUUUAUGGGUUGACGAGAUGGAGGAACAAAACAGCAAACGGCAGAAAUUAAACGAAGCUGUCCACAGCAUCUCAGGUGGCCGCUACAGCCCCGUAAUGUCCAGCCUGAACACGACCUGGGACGACGUCUCCGACACCCAGCAGCGAUAUUACAUCCGCAAAGCUAAGGAGACUAUAGUGACUUCAUUGUCUGUCAUCACUCCCGGUCAAGAGGAACUGGUUUGGAAGGCGUUACAAACGGAGGUACUUUUGGAUCCAAACAGAGACAAACAAGGAAAGCACAAGCGUUUUGAUCCCAACUCUGGUCUUGUCGACAUUUUAGUCAAGGCCUAUGAGCAAGCAGGUCAUUGGCAAACAAAGCGACAGAUCCUUUCCCUCUUUGCAGACGACUUUUCAAGAGCUGAGCUUCAAAAGAUGAUCCCUGGGCUUUCCAAAUGGCGCAUCGACCAAGCUCGCCAACAUGCAACAGAAGCAGGGAAAGGCCAGCCUCUCCCUGAAAUUCCUAGUUUCCGUACAAGAAUUGAGCAUGAAAAGGUGGAUCAUUUCAUUGAAUAUAUCUCCAGACCAGAAUUUGUUCAAGACGAGGCGUUCGGGACAAAGACUCUCAAGCUUGACUCGGGGGAGAAAAUUGUCAUACCAGCAGUCAUUAGGACCGUCAUUCCUUCACGCAUCAUCAGACAAUAUUUAGACUAUUGUAAAGAACAAGAGUUCGAGCCGGCGAGCCAGCGUUCUCUCUACCGAAUGAUUGAAGUGUGUUCGGCCUCUAUGCAGAAAUCCCUUCAGGGACUUCACAACACCACUGCAGAGGGUACAGAGGCUUUUGAUCAACUCUUUUCUAUGUUGGAGGCCUUAGCAGAUCAGGGCAUUAACGUUACUGCCACUCAGAAAUUUCUAAAGGAUGCAAAAAGGUACUUAAAGAAUGAUUUCAAGGCACACAUCGGACGAGGAGAACAUUGCAGUGAUCACUGUACGGUCCACGCACUAAGUGACAGUAGUGCAUGGGAGUUCAGGGGCGAAUGUGAUCAUGAACAUUGCUACGAAUGUGAGCGCUGUGAGAGUCUAGAAGGAGUACUGAAACAAGUGGCAGAGAUGCCAGACAAAGCGGACAUGACGGAAGAGGAGAGGGUUAGGUGGAGGUUUGAGUACACUGAGAGUGUGCGCAACAUACAAGCGUGGAAGGCUCACUUACUACGGUCAAGUAACCAGGACAAAGCCAAGCAGCAUAUUCUCGAGAAGCUAGACGACAACUCGUGUCUUGUUAUAAUGGACUGGGCAAUGAAGUUUCUGCCUGUGCAAUACAGAGAACACAUGAGUGAUUUUUUUGGCAAGAGAGGAAGAAGCUGGCAUAUCAGUGCAGUAAUCACUAGAGCAACAGUGGAGAGCAAGCAUGAAGUCGAGUGUUUUGUACACAUUUUCAACAACUGCACCCAAAAUAGCUUUGCAGUUCUUUCAAUAAUAGAGGACUUGCUGCAAAAAGUCAAACUGGAGUAUCCAGGGGUGACAACAGCCUACCUCCGAUCGGAUAACGCUGGAUGUUACCACAAUGGGCCUCUGUUGUUAAGUCUUAGAGAAGUAGGGGUGAGAACCGGUGUCAGGCCAGUGCGAUAUGAUUUCUCAGAACCACAGGCUGGCAAGGACAUUUGUGAUAGGAAGACUGCUGCUAUGAAGGCACACAUAAAGCGCUGGGUCAACGAAAAGCACGACGUCGUCACUGCUGAAGAUAUGAAAGCAGCACUAGAAUCCCAUGGAGGUAUCAAAGGGUGCAGAGCAGCGGUCGUUGAGGUGGACACGACCAGGGAAAGAAACAAAGAUAGCAAGAUACCAGGCAUUAGUGUGUUGAACAAUUUCCAGUAUGAGGAGUGUGGCAUCCGUGUGUGGAAAGCGUACAACAUCGGCCCUGGACGCCUCAUCCCUUAUAGCGGUCUUGGAGUUACACCACAAGGAGAUACUGGAAUAAGGGUGGUAAAGCCAUUUGGUCAAGCUACACACAGGGGAAGCGUGGGUGAGGCGUCAGGCACCAGUCCGAGAUCUACUCUUGCCAAGAGACUGGAUGCGUCCUCACGUUCAAGACCCAAGCAGAGGCAGACAACCAUAUGGACACGGGCAAGCACUGUCUUGAGGUGGACUGUGAGUCCAUGUAUGACCGCGUUAGGAGGAAAUGGGCGGGAAUUGUGA